CCCAGAGCUCAACAGGAUAAUUGAAGAGGAUGUUCGAGGCGUGGCCUUCCCGCGCUUAGUUCCUUGCUAGCUGAGUUUUUUGUUUUUUAAUUUCGUUGCUUGCUUUCUUUUUCGUUCUUUUUUUUUACUCUUGGCUUUUGCCUCAUCAGCAUCAAAAAUAAAUAAAAAUAAUGGGAAACCUUAGCCAAAACGCUAUCCUGUUUUGGUUUAGUUUCCUCUUGCUUUCCCCUCUAAAAGUCUCGCAAUCAGCUUGCAAUCGGAAUGAUGAAAAAGCCCUUUUACAAAUCAAAACAUACUUCAAAAACUCCUCAGUGUUCAGUUCAUGGAACCCAGAAAUCGAUUGCUGCGAAUGGAACGGCAAUAAUGCAGCCGGCGGUACUGCAUUUGUUGGAUGCUAUGACCAGUCCAACCCGGAUCGUAUAACUAAGCUUGUUAUUGCUGGCGUCAAUGAUUUCUUUGGUCAAAUCCCAGCAGCAAUCGGUAAUCUACCAUACCUGGAGGAACUUAGUCUCUCCGAAUUGCCCAACCUGACCGGACCCAUCCCGGUCAGCAUCACCAAACUUACAAAGCUUGCGACCCUUACCCUAAUGUUAAACAGCCAUACUGGGCAGAUCCCUGGUUUUUUGGUUCACUUGAAGAGCCUCUACCUCCUUGAUCUUUCCUCAAAUGGCUUCACCGGUACAAUUCCGUCUUCUUGUCCCAAUUAUCCAGCCUUACCGAGCUCAAUCUUUACAACAACAACCUUACUGGUUCAAUCCCAAAAAGCUUUGGCUCGUUUUCAAGAAACAUAUCUCUACGGCUCGAUGGAAACAAAUUAUCCGGCAAGAUUCCACUGUCAUUGGAUGGAAAGUUGCUAUUCUAUUAUGCCGUUGGUUGUUGCUGAGACUUUACUGAGUGCGGAUGAACUGAAGAAAGGCGCCAAAUCUGAAUAUUUUAAGGGGAGCCCCCUAUUGCUGCAGAUUUGGCUUGCGGAACGGCUUAGACUUUUGGAAGCUCCUGCCGAUCCUAAACAUUAUCGCCCUAUAGCUUUGGGUAACCGAAAAUACUUGCACCAAGGCCAGGACGAGGCCGAAUGGACCUCUUUUUUUACUUAUGGCAUUUGUUCUAUUAAGUGGGUGGUACCAUGGUGGGGUUUGAUUACUAUGACAGGGGGGUCUGAUGUAUCGGUUUAUGUUUCUUUGUUGGGGCUAUCUCGUCCCAUUUAUAUUUUCCCUUACCGAGUCAUGCGUCAAUAUGGUUUAAGGCAGACUAUCCCCUUUUCUGAUACGGUACCACCUAAGGUAGCGGCCUUUUCACAAACACGGGUCUUAGCGUGGGCUAGGUAUUAUGAUGGUCUCCCGCGUUGGGCCGUAGCUACAAAUGGGUUUGUGGGUCUUUCUGAAAACUAUAAGUUGUGGAUGAGUUCCGAUGACAAAGAUGUGAGGACCGAGGCUCGUAAUGGGGAGCCGGCUCAGCUUUUGAUGCCUCGUAUUCGUGUUAAGUAUGAGGGUCCUGAUUCUGCCAGACCUCGUACCUAUAGGUUUAAGACUGUGAAAGCUCGUCCUGAUCGAAAGCGAAAGGAAGUUCUUCCCCGUUCCAGUGUCAGGCCUAAAAAGAUGCCUAACAUGAAGGGGCCUGCUGUUGUUAAAAGAAAUGCAAGCUCUCACGGAGAUCGUCGCCGGAACAAUGUAUGGGUUAGGAAGGCUCAGCCGCCUGUAGAAACAGUGGCUAGUCCAGUUGAUGAUAGUAAUCCUUCUCCCACCAUUGCCUGUGCCUUCGAGGCUGAGCGGGCUAUAAUCGAGAAUGUUUCUGAAGCCUUGACAUCUUUGGAAGUUAGUGUCCAGGAGCCGAUUCUUAUGGAGAUUGAUAUUGGGGCUGCGCAGAAGACUGUGGGGUGGAUCCUGCGAACAUUGCUCUCUACAAGACUUUAUUUGAUGAUCCGGAAGAACUAGAGUAGUGUAGUUCUUGCUAGGGUGUAGGUGCCCUUUUAUUUAUUUCAGUUGUGUUUGUUUUUAUUCCUAGCGCUUUGUUUUCCUUCUUAUUAUAUUCUAAUAAAGGCGUAUUUUUAGUUUCCAUUCAAUUUUGUUUCUCCUCUUUUAUAUGUCUAACACUUUUUUACACAAAGAAUAUAAUUUUUUAUAAUUAUUUGGACCGAAUCCUUGGUAAGGAUUGCC